GGGCCUGGGCGGCCGAUGCUGCGGGCCGGGCUGCUCCCCCGCGCCCUGCGCCGCCCCCGCGGCUGGGCGGGCGGCGGGCCCUGCUUGCGGGCCCUGCUGGGGCUGCCGCCGGGCCGGGGCUGGGCCGCGCCGGGGCCGGGCGCCCGGGGCCUGCGCUGGGCGGGUAGAUUCUACCAACAUGCCACGACAGAGGCCUCCCAGGCCACCCUCGCCAGCGUGUCCCCUGUGUUUGCAGUGAUGAAGCUUGACAAAGAGGGAAAUGCUACCUAUUCUGAAAAGAAGAAAACAGAAUUGUACCAGGAAUUGGGUCUUCAGGCUCGAGAUCUGAGGUUUCAACAUGUAAUGAGCAUUGCAACUAGGAACAACAGGAUCAUCAUGAGAAUGGAGUUCUUGAAGGCUGUCAUAACACCAGAGUUUCUUCUGAUACUAGAUUAUCGUCAUUUAAAUCUGGAACACUGGCUCAUCAAUGAACUAGCAGCUCAGCUGGCUGGGGAAGGUCAACUAGUUACAUAUUCCCUGCCCUUUGAAUUCCGAGCCAUAGAAGCAAUCCUGCAGUACCGGAUCAGCAAACUGCAGGGGAGACUUAACACUUUGCAGCCUCAGAUCGUUGAGACACUGGAAGCUCUAGUGGACCCCAAGCUUUUGUCUGUGGAUAGGAGUAAACUACACAUUCUCCUGCAAAAUGGCAAGAGCUUGUCAGCACUGGAAACAGAUCUUAAAGUUUUCAAAGAAACAAUUCUGGAGAUCUUAGAUGAAGAAGAAUUAAUAGAAGAGCUCUGUCUGUCUAAAUGGACUGAUCCACAAGUAUUUGAGGAGAGUACAUCUGGGAUUGACCAUGCAGAGGAAAUGGAGCUGCUGCUGGAGAACUAUUACAGACAAGCAGAAGAUCUUGCAAAUGAAGCUCGUGAACUCAGAGUUCUGAUUGACGACUCAGAAAGCAUAAUCUUUAUCAACUUGGACAGCCACCGUAAUGUGAUGAUGAGACUGAACUUGCAGCUGACUAUGGGGACUUUCUCUCUCUCUCUUUUUGGACUCAUAGGAGUUGCAUUUGGUAUGAACUUGGAGUCAUCUCUCGAAGAGGACCCCAGAAUAUUUUGGCUGGUGACAGGGAUUAUAUUUCUGGGAAGCGGUCUGAUAUGGCGACGUUUGCUUUCCUUCCUUGGGCGGCAUCUGGAACCUCCGCUACCUCCUCACGUUCCUGCAGUUCUGAAAAAAACCCAGUCAGCAGCUGGAAGAGUGGAGAUAAAGAGCAACCUUAAAGCAGAAACAUUUGGCCUGAGCAGAAGCACAUUAACAAACCAGUAGGAACAGCAGGACUGAAGAGACUUUUACUGUUACACAGUGUUACUGUUACUGGUCACCUCUUGCACUUGUUCUUCCUUACUGAAAACUGCAAGAAUUUCUAAACUUGCUAAUUUAAUACAUAUUUUGUGCCAAAACCUAUGGUGAGAUGUUAAUGCUCACGCACGAAAGCCAAGAAACACAAGGGAAAACAGUGACGUGCUUUUCACAGCCGUCUCGCCUCUACCCCACUAAUUUUCUGUAUCACAUACAUGUACUUAUUUUUUGGGCAUUCUCACUGUAAGUGUUGCUGUCUAAUACUUCUUCACCUAAUGGCCUUUCUUAAAGAGAACAGUAUUUCCAGCUUCAAAGAUGACAACAGUCAGCAGUCAUCAAUAAUUCUGGUUCUGAGCUGAAGGUUUAGGAAGCUGACUUAAAAUGUCAAAGAAAAAUCCACCCAAAAAGUGGCGCUUUUUUAAUGCCCUAUGUUAUCGCAGAGAACACAUUUUCCAAAGCGAAAAGCAAAUCUGCAUCUCUUGAAGCACUGCCUCGCAGUUGGCAGUAACCAGAAAUAAUAGUUUCCUUUAUUUUGAGUGAGCAAUAACAGGCUUGGAAGUGUAGCUACUUAGCUUGGGUAUUCCUUAAUGAUUAAUUUAGGCCCAAAACAUAUCUAGUUUUAGUAACGGAGCACAUUGAUUAAGUGUUGGGUGGCAAACACAAGUGUGCAUCGUCAAUGUGCACUGAUAGAGCUAGCUGCAAUUUAAGGACUGGUAAUAACAGACUGGUUUGGGGGUUUCUCUUAGGCUGGGCCCUGCUUGCUCUUUCUCUCCGACAAGACACAGCACGGACUAGCCUGCGCCAUAGUAAGUAGCCGCGUUAGUAAAGGGUGUGGAAGCCUGGUGUCCUGUGAUGGGCUGAAAGGAGGAGUAAAAGUCUUGUGCCCACAGUUUGUGUUUUUUCUUGGGACUUCUCUCUGAACUCCUGAGGGUGUUCAGAGAAACUGAAACCUGCCUGAAACUCUGGCAGGUUUCCCUCUGUCUGUUGAGGGAGCGUGAAAUCCUCCUACGUCAGGUCUCAAACUGUCUUGCUUCUUGUUUGGGGUUUUUUUUCACCUCUCUGUACCAUACAGUGAGUAGCUCCUUAGGUGCCACCAGAUAAAUCACUGUCCUGGCAGGGGUUGAAAAGACAGUAUCUGUAGCUGUGAACUUUUUUACUCGGGACUAACGAGUCAAAAAUGGAAAUAAAAAGGUAUGUAAAUUAAAAUUA